AUGACAACUGGUAUUUCUAUCAUGAUCAAAAAACCAGAUAAGCAAGAGUUUUCGGUCUUUUCGUUCAUGCAACCGCUCAGUACUGAAAUCUGGAUGUACAUCAUUUUCGCAUAUAUUGGCGUAUCCGUGGUUAUCUUCUUGGUGUCACGUUUUUCACCGUAUGAAUGGAGGGUUGAGGAGACAGCACGAGGAGGAUUUACAAUUUCCAACGACUUUUCAGUGUACAAUUGUCUUUGGUUCACACUGGCUGCUUUCAUGCAACAAGGAACAGACAUACUGCCAAGAUCGAUCUCCGGACGUAUUGCAUCAUCCGCGUGGUGGUUUUUCACCAUGAUCAUCGUCUCGUCAUACACUGCCAACUUAGCCGCAUUUCUUACUCUCGAAAAAAUGCAGGCACCCAUUGAAAGUGUUGAAGACCUAGCCAAACAGACAAAAAUUAAAUAUGGAAUUCAAGGAGGUGGUUCGACAGCAUCAUUUUUCAAGUACUCAUCGGUGCAAAUCUACCAAAGAAUGUGGCGCUACAUGGAAUCUCAGGUGCCUUCUGUGUUCGUCUCCAGCUACGCCGAAGGUAUCGAGAGGGUGCGUAGUCACAAAGGACGAUACGCUUUUCUUCUCGAAGCUACCGCUAAUGAAUAUGAGAACACGCGUAAACCGUGCGAUACGAUGAAAGUUGGAGCAAAUCUCAACAGCAUCGGCUACGGAGUAGCAACACCUUUCGGCUCCGACUGGAAGGACCAUAUCAAUCUUGCUAUUCUCGCUCUUCAAGAAAGAGGGGAACUAAAAAAGCUGGAGAAUAAAUGGUGGUAUGAUCGAGGGCAGUGUGAUCAAGGCAUUACUGUGGAUGGGUCCUCUGCCUCGCUCAAUCUAUCAAAAGUGGCGGGAAUCUUCUACAUUCUAAUGGGCGGUAUGAUAGCAUCGAUGAUAGCAGCUCUCGGCGAGUUCCUCUACCGAUCAAGAAUAGAAGCGCGAAAGGCAAACGCAAACUCACUUGUCGGUAAUUUUGCGAAGAAUCUGAAAUCGGCACUUUCGUCACAACUGCGGUUGUCCAUCCAAGGUGGAGCUGUCGCACAACCCGGCACUCAAUCUCACGAAGCUCUCAAACGGCAGCAGGUUUUCUGA